AUGAGUAGGAACUUUAAAUUAGUAGGAGAGAUAGAAAAUCAAACCAAAAUAAAAUUAGCAAAGUUUUCAGGAUAGAAUAGCAGAUUAUUUACAUUCGUUGAUGAUAUCAAUUAGAUUUUCAUAAACAAGAUUGAAUUUUCAAAAAAUUUAAGUGAGUUGGGUAUAUAGAAUCCAUUUAAUAAACAAUUUGGAAUAAGUCAGAAUGAGAUUUCAUCAAUAAUAUUUUCAUAGUCUGAAAACGAAUUAGUAAAUGGGUCUAAUAAAGGAAUAUUAACUUAUUGGGAUAUAUCUACAUAAAAAAUUAUACAAAAUAUAAAAGGACAUUUAUCUGGCAUUAGUUGUUUGAGUGUAUUUCCAAAUGAUAAUAAUUUAUUGAUAUCUGGAGGAAUGGAUAGUUAGAUAAAGAUUUGGGAUUCAAGACAGUAAAAUAAUGGAUUGACAUUACGAUCUCACAAAUUAUCAAUAAAUAGUAUGAUGGUAUCUAAAGAUGGGAAAUUAUUGGCUUCAGGAUCAAAUGAUGGAAGUGUAAAGAUUUGGGAAAUGAAUACUUAAAAAGUAUUGGCAUCAUUUAAUGAAUCAGAUUGGCCUAUAUGCUGCGUUUAAUUUAAUCCUGUUGAUAAGGCUGUUGCUGCAUCCUCAGAUGAUGGUUGUAUCAGAUAUUGGGAUGUUGAUAGAUUGAGUCUAAUAUCUCAAACAAUCCCAGACAAAUAAUGUAUUUAUCAGAUAAAGUUUUGCGAAAAUGGUCAAUAGUUAUUUUCAGCCUAAAACUUCUCCUUAAAAGUUUGGGAUAUGGAAAGAGAUGGCUUAUUAUUAGAUUAUAUUGAUAGUCAAUGGAAAUGUAUUUUAGAUUUAAAUGUUUUUGAUAACAAAGAUAUAAUUGGGUUAACAACCUAAAAUUCUACAGGUUUAAGUAUAUUUGGUACAAAGAUGAACAAUAUCAACAAUGAAAAACACAUAUAUCGAAAUCAUAGUGAGAAGGUGCAGGGAUGUUAAAUUAGUGAUCACGGUUAUGAAAGACAUAGUGUAAAUGUAUUGAAACCAAAAAACACUCAUAUACAGAGUUAUGGAAAUAUAUUAGAAGAAUAAGGCUUUUAAUUGUGUAGUAAUAAUUCAAACAAAUUUUUACCGACAAGCCAAAUUGCUUAGAGAAUUAAUUAUGAAAGUGUUAUUUAAGAGGAGGACAUGAAAUAAAGUUGCUUGGAUUUAAUAAUAAGUCAUGAUGAGGUUAAUUUGUCUAGUUUUGUCAUUGACGAUUCAAAUAAAUAAAAAUUUAAAUAAAUGGAUUAAAUCAAUGACAUUUCAAAAGAUCAUAGUAAAGUUAUUUAAAUAUUAAAUUAAAGAAUCAAUUAUAUGAAACCCAUUAUGCAUUGGUGGAGUAAUAAUAAUAUAAAAUCUGCAGUAAAUGCGAUCAAUUAAUUAAGCGAACCUUCCAUUUUAUUUGAUGCAUUAUUGAUGUGUGCUUAAAGUACAAAGUUCAAAUCCAUUCCUAUGGAACAACUACCUUAGCUUUUAGAAAAAUGCAAAAUUUUAAUAGACUCAAAAUACUUGUCUCAUAUUAGAGGAGGUCUACUGUUUUGUUAUAGAACAUUCACUACUUAUAGAGACGAUAUUCAAACCAUCAAGAGUUUUAAUUAGAUGUCUAAAGUAGAUUUGAGUAGAGAAGAGAGAAUUGCAAAAUACGAUAAAAUAGUGGAACAAUUAAAACAAAUUGUUUAAAUGUCUAAAUUGACCAAAUUAAUUGAGAGAAAUAAAAUGGAAGUUAGUGAAUUAGCGAAAAAGUUACAAAUAGAGAUGCUAAGUUUGCUUAAAAGAAUUAAUUAAUAAUGA